UGUUUUUAAACGUGCCGGCCUGUGAAAUGGAGGCGAUUAUUCCUUAAGAAGAGCCAACCUGACGAGGAGGAUGAAGCCGCUGCUCUUGUUGAUGCUCUUGUGGCGCGGUGGGUUCUGCGGCUCCCCCAGCGUCCAGAUCGGUGGAUUAUUCCCAAGGGGGGCCGAUCAGGAGUACAGUGCAUUCAGAGUCGCUAUGGUCCAAUUUGGAACAACAGACUUCAGACUUACGCCACACAUCGACAAUUUGGAGGUGGCCAAUAGUUUUGCUGUCACUAACUGCUUUUGCUCCCAGUUCUCCCGAGGUGUCUAUGCCAUCUUUGGCUUCUACGACAAAAAGUCAGUGAACACCAUCACCUCGUUCUGCGAGACGCUCCACGUGUCCUUCAUCACUCCCUCGUUUCCUGUGGAAGGGAUGAACCAGUUUGUCCUCCAGAUGAGGCCGGAGAUAAAGGGGCCGCUGGUGUCCUUAGUGGAGUACUAUAAAUGGGAGAAGUUUGCCUAUCUCUAUGACAGCGAUAGAGGUUUGUCAACUCUUCAGGUGAUUCUGGAUACAGCAGCUGAGAAAAAAUGGGUUGUCACAGCGAUUAAUGUUGGAAACCUGAAAGAUGAGAGGAAAGAUGAGGCCUACCGCUCACUAUUUCAGGAUCUGGAAAUCCGUAAGGAACGGCGUAUUAUUCUGGACUGUGAACAAGACAAAGUUAAAGACAUCAUGGAACAGAUCAUCACCAUUGGCAAGCAUGUGAAAGGAUACCACUACAUUAUCGCUAACUUGGGGUUCGUAGACGGGGAUCUUUCUAAAAUCCAAUAUGGAGGGGCCAAUGUUUCAGGAUUUCAGAUUGUUGACUUUGACGAUCCUGUGGUGGCGAAGUUUGACCAGCGCUGGGAAGGCCUGGAAGAGAAGGAGUAUCCAGGGGCUGACACAAGGAUCAGGUACACUUCAGCGCUGACAUAUGACGCUGUCCAGGUGAUGACUGAGGCGUUCCGGUUUCUCCACAAACAAAGAAUAGAUAUGAGUCGCCGUGGAAACACAGGGGACUGUUUGGCAAAUCCGGCCGUCCCGUGGGCCCAGGGGGUUGAGAUCGAGCGUGCUCUAAAACAGGUGCGUGUAGAUGGUUUAACAGGGAAUAUUCAGUUCGACCAAUAUGGAAAAAGAGUCAACUACUCAGUCACCGUCAUGGAGCUGAAAAACAACGGGCCCGUCAAGAUUGGCUACUGGAAUGAAAUGGAUAAGAUGGUGGUGACCAAGUCCGACCUUUACCCUAAUGACACAAGUGGCAUGGAAAACAAGACCGUUAUUGUCACUACUAUACUGGAAGCCCCUUAUGUGAUGUUGAAGAAGAAUUCCGAGCUUUUUCAGGACAAUGACCGCUAUGAAGGCUACUGCGUUGACCUUGCUGCUGAAAUAGCAAAACACUGUGGAAUACGAUACCAGCUGAGGAUUGUGGGAGAUGGAAAGUACGGCGCAAGAGAUGCAGAGACUAAAAUCUGGAAUGGAAUGGUUGGAGAGCUGGUAUAUGGGAAAGCAGAUAUAGCAGUAGCUCCGUUGACCAUCACUCUGGUUCGGGAAGAAGUGAUUGAUUUUUCCAAGCCAUUCAUGUCUUUGGGGAUCUCCAUCAUGAUCAAAAAACCUCAGAAGUCCAAACCGGGGGUCUUCUCCUUCUUAGACCCCCUGGCGUAUGAGAUCUGGAUGUGCAUUGUGUUUGCCUACAUCGGAGUCAGUGUUGUACUCUUUUUGGUUUCUCGCUUCAGUCCAUACGAAUGGCAGCUUGAAGAGCCAGAGGAUGGGGCGUUGCCAUUGACAACGGAAUCAACCAACGAGUUUGGAAUCUUCAAUUCUCUGUGGUUCUCCUUGGGUGCAUUCAUGCGUCAAGGCUGUGACAUCUCACCAAGGUCUCUGUCAGGCCGUAUCGUGGGAGGUGUUUGGUGGUUUUUCACACUGAUAAUCAUCUCAUCCUACACUGCCAACCUCGCUGCCUUCCUCACUGUGGAGCGGAUGGUUUCACCUAUAGAAAGUGCCGAAGACCUGGCUAAACAAACCGAGAUAGCAUAUGGGACCUUAGACUCUGGGUCCACCAAGGAGUUCUUUAGGCGCUCUAAGAUCGCCCUCUUUGACAAGAUGUGGCAGUAUAUGAAAUCAGCAGAACCCUCAGUUUUUGUUAAGAAAACUCCAGAGGGGGUUUUGCGUGUCCGCAAGUCCAAAGGGAAGUAUGCCUACCUGCUGGAAUCGACCAUGAAUGAAUACAUUGAACAGAGGAAGCCAUGUGAUACCAUGAAAGUGGGGGGAAACCUUGAUUCCAAAGGCUAUGGCAUCGCCACCCCCAAAGGAUCACCAUUAAGAGUGCCAGUAAACCUUGCGGUUUUGAAACUGAAUGAGCAAGGAACCCUAGACAAGAUGAAAAACAAGUGGUGGUACGAUAAAGGAGAAUGUGGCUUCAAGGACUCCACAAGUAAGGAAAAGACGAGUGCUCUGUCCCUCAGUAAUGUUGCUGGAGUGUUCUACAUCCUUGUGGGUGGCCUGGGUCUGGCCAUGAUGGUGGCCCUGGUGGAGUUCUGCUAUAAGAGUCGCACGGAGGCCAAGAAGAUGAAGAUGACAUUUACAGAAGCGAUGCGCUCAAAAGCUCGUCUGUCAAUCACAGGACCGACCAGUGAGAACGGUUGUGUGCCAUCGGCCUACCUCCGCCCAGGAUUACCCAUGAGUCUUAGCAUGACCGACCCGUCCUGACCACGUCCUGACCCAGUGCCUUACCGCCAAGCAACAAACUCUUUUUUUCAUCAGACCCCUAUUGAAGAACUGAAACGUGUAUUAUUUUCUCCAUUAACUUAUAAUUAAUUCCAGUGUUUGAUAGUCUUACUCUUUACUCUUUUAUCAUCACCAAAAAGUCACACUUUCACUCAACUAAUCCUCUUUUCCAAGGACUCAUGUCUUCAACAGAUUUGAGAGGUUGAAACGUAUGACAUAUUUUCCCUUUCCUGAAGCGUGUGUGGCAGGCUGCCUCCUAGGACUGCCCAAGAUACACAUUUAACAGAACAGCUGGCCUGGCCAAGGCCUCGUUUGUUUCCAUCGUGGAGACAAUAACGAUAAAGCACAGCUGAAGGAUUUUAAGCCAAACAAGCUCGACUGAUUCCAGGAUGUUUUGAAUAAGCAGUGUGUUGGAAGACAUUAGGAACUAUGUGUUGACUUUUUCUGUACAUAUAACAAAAACUACUGUGGUGUCUAGUCAUUUAUGCUUUAAUGCAAAGGCAUAACAAACACAAAAAAUAACACAAAUUUGCUACCACCAACUACAAAAAACAAGUGCGAACUGAAAAGAGUUGAGAGAAAUAUGUAGAAAAUAUUGAUAUACUGAAAAUGUAGUUCUGUAAGAUGAUGACAAAUUUAAUUAGGGAAAUUCUAAAAGCUAAUAAUUGUUUUUUACUUCAGAAAUCCUAUAUUAGUAGAGAAUUUAAAACCUGACAAAUGCAUGGACUGGCAUAUACUGUAUUUACAAAGUAUCAACCACAAAUGCAAAUGCUCAUCAUAACAAUUUCAGAGUUCUGAAUGAACUGGAUGAGGUGCCAAACCAAUGACUGUCUGUUCCAUUUUCCUUGUGAGAAUAACAGCAGUUUAUAAUUUAAACUGAGCCAAUUGGAACUUUUAAUGCUGUGAGGUACCCAUAUUUAAAACAAUUUAAAAAACGUCCUUUUUUAUAAAUACACUGCACUAAUAAAGACAAUGCUAUUGAUGAGCAGAAUGAUGAUGAAUUUAAAAUAAUGGUAUUUGAGUGAAAAGAUGAUAGGGAUGAAAAUGGAAAAAAAAGAAUUGCAUGUUACUUGCCUAAUUUAGCCUUUUGUUGAAGAUUAACAUAUCAGCCAUUAAGCUGUACGCUUGGCUGUAUUUUACUGUUUAAUAGUAAGUAUAUUAACAAUGUUAAUUACAUGUUGACAUGGAAGACAAUGUUAUUUAUAUAGUGUACGACUACCACUGUCAUUUUGGAUUGUGGACUUAUAUUUAUCAUAAACAGAAAUUUGAUGUUAAUUUGUUUUCUUCUCAAAUAGGUAUUAAAACGAAUUCUGAGAUUAACUCAUUGUUAACCAUUGGGUAUACCUCAUAAGGACGGCUGUUUCAUGUAUUUACCAUAAUUUCACAAAUACAUGUAAAGGAAAUACCACAUUGAAAAAAGCUAGUUUCAAAGAAAACCGUUUCGUUUUGAGAUGUUUUUUAUUUAAUAUAAUAUUAUUUCUGAUCUAGCCAUUAACUUUCAUUGUUUUUUUUGUUUUGAAAGAUGUCUUUGUAUUUGAAAAACAUACAUAGAACUCUGCGUGUCUCUGUGACAUAAACUGAUACAUUUUCCUACAAUAACUUUAACGAACAGACGUGUUCGCUUUUUUACCUUGGAUUUAAAAAAAAACAUUAAGACAUUUAUAGGCAUCCAUUCUCAUGGAUCAUUUCAGAAGAAAAUGUGCCAACGGAGAGAUAUCCUUUGUAAUAUAGUUCAGUUGAGUAAACAUUUAAAAAAUGUUCAGGUUAUCAUUACAUAAUACUAAUGAUAAUAAGUGAAAACUGUACAACUUUGUCAAUGUUAAAUCCCAGGUUAUUCUCAUUAUGUGAGAUGGAAAAAUGAAUUAAAUAAAGAUUAGUCAGGUUAAGAAAUAAGGUGAAAACUUAAUUUUUUUAAUCAUUUAAUGAUUCUAAAUGGUCAGGUUCCAAACAAAAGAUACUGUUAAAAACCUAGGAUCAAAACCCAAGAAGGUUAAAAUAGAAAUCUAAAAAUGAUCUUUUGGAAUCUCAAAGAGGCACAGAUUACAUAAUAUCCCCAUAAAUCGAAUGUGCUAUGGAAAGAUAGAAUGUUUCUUCAUAUCCAUAAUCAACAUUUAAAAGAAACGAAAUACUAAAAUCAAACCACAUUACUCAAUAGUAAGGUAUUAGGACAUAUUUUUUUGUGAUAGGAUAUCAAUAACCAAUUCAUUUAUUAUAGUUGUGGUCUUCAAAUAACCUGAGAUUCCUUAAUUCUUAAUGUUUGCAAAUGUUUUACACUGUGCCAUACAUCUUUUUCUCAAUGAUGGCUUAGUGCAAAAAGCUUAAAGGCAAGCUUACCAACCUUUGUUUAGAUCAUAUUUUGAGAUAAUUAGUGCUGAUCAGUCUACAAAGAACCCAGAAACAAUGUAAUUGAUCUGAAUAUAAGAAAUCAAAUAUGGGUAAUCAUAUAAUGUAAAGUCAUCUGUCUAAAUGCCCAACCGGGGACUAUAAUAACAAAUUGAUUAGUGGCAUUAUCAAAUGAUGAUUAUUUAAUGAUCAAGUAUUAACUUUGUUGUUGAUAUUAUAAUAUGCUAAAUAAUAACAUCUUUCUGAUCAUUAUGUCUUUAAAAGGGACAUUUUAUACAAAAUUCUGUGUUAUGUUUUCCCAGUUGCUCACCAUUUCUUGGCUGUAUGAAUGCAGAAAAAAAAAACAGUAUUACAUAAAAUGUAAUCACAUUGAGUCUAUAAUGCAUGGAUGCUUAAUGUAUUGCCUAUAUUUUAAGCCCAGCUAUAGAAGAAUAAAAACAUUAAUUUAUAGAUAGGCCUUUCUACUUUGAUUCACUAAAGUUGCCAUCGGUUAGAAAUAAUCAGGUUUAUUAAAAGUUUUGUUUCAUUGGAAACAUUUGCAUUGUUUUAAUUCAUUUGUAUAUUCAACCAUAACAUAACAUCAACAUAAAUGUAAUAUUUGCAAUUAUUUAAAAGUUAUAUAGUUUGGAAUGACUGCAUAUGUAUGUGUGACUGACUGCUACGAUUUUUAAGAUGUUUUGCAAAUAAAGUUCAAGUAGAACCCUCUACUUGUUCAUUAGAUAUAUAAAGGCAUUGCAAGUAUUUAAGUUAUGUACAAUCUUUUUUGAAAAAUAUUUGUUUUAAGUAAGCCUUCUUCUGUCAUUUUCCCAUUUAUAAUCGAAUCCUUCAACAUUCAAAAAUACCUUUCUUUGUGACCUGGUCUAAAUCCAAUCAAGAUUUUUUUCGUUCAAAUUCAAUAAAAAUGUCUGCAUUCUGGUCGUUUCAUACAUCUUGUGAUGCACUUGGACACUAUAUGGAGGCUAUUUAUAUAUUCAGAAUAAAAUUGAGUUGCAUAUUG